GAUUGAUGACUUCCCAUGAACUAUUUUAUUUCUGCAACGAAUGCUAUUAUACAACUAUCAAUUUAUGAAAUAUAUUAUGUUACUUCCAGCUUUGCCAGCAAAACAUUGAUCGAACGUACCCAGGCAGCCGCCCGUCAGUCGGUCAAGCAGGAUGUCUACAUGUGUCACGUCUACGUUCGGGCGGACAACCUGGGCGCGGUGCUAAUCUCCGACCACGAAUACCCCCAUCGGGUGGCCCACACGCUGCUGACCAAAGUGCUGGACGAUUUCAACGUCAAGAUUGGCAGCGAUCAGUGGCCCUCGGGAAGUGAAUCUUCGAUCAACUUCACCACACUGCCGGCCACGCUCAGUAAGUAUCAGGACCCGCGGGAAGCGGAUGCACUCACCAAAAUGCAGGAAGAUUUGGACGAAACCAAGAUCAUCCUGCGAAACACGAUAGAAGCCGUGCUGGAACGGGGCGAAAAGCUGGACGAUUUGGUGUUCAAAUCCGAAGAACUUUCCAUACAGAGCAAAGCGUUCUACAAAACGGCCAAAAAGACCAACUCGUGCUGUAACUUUGGGUAAAUUCACGCUAGAUGGGGGAAAAGACACACGCAACCGUUCACAAAUAGUUCAACAACCCACCAAAAAAUCGAAUGCAAGAGACACGUUGCUUCUUUUUGGUUGAUUUGUUGAAUGUUUCUGUACACGCUCGCUCUUUUUCGUUUGCGGAAAAGGAGUGUUUCUCAAAGUUGCGCCGUAUUAUUCAAUAGCAAAGCCUAAAUUAAGCAACACAUUUUACAAUUAGACGCAUUAUGCUACUUUAUUUUGUGAGAGUUGUUAUGUGAAAUAUAUAAACCAUUUUUUUGAGAAACCUAUAAGUUAUUUUUGGUUCAGAUCUAAUUGAUUUCACACCAACGUAUUCUUAUUUUAAACCAAAAACGUGAACUUUUAAUCUUAACGCAAGAAAUUGAAACAUAAUUUGUGGACAUUAUCUAUGUCAAACUAAAAGGUCCUCUUCUCCCUAAGCAUUGCUCAUUGGGAAAAAUAGUCGAAAAAGGUAGACAAUUUUCAAAAAAAUGUCGUCACAAGGCCCUGUCAGAAAACUAAUAGCACAUUCAAGAGAUAAUUUUCGUGGCAAGAAAGUUAUUAAUUUUGUCUACAUAUAAAGUGUUUCCCAAUGUGCAGCGAUUUAGAACUGGAAAAUAACUAAAUCAAAACAAAAGCAAGUGGGAGAAUAAAUACAAAAUGAGAUUAAAUUGAGGUUACUAAAUAUUCCGUUCUCAAUCCUUGCUUGGGUCUGAGCCUUUUACAAUAAUUGUACCACAUGUUCGGGUUCGGGACUCAGAAUGAAUAAAAUAUACACUUACGUUGAUGUGCAUCAUGCAUGGCUACCGAUGCGAACGCGAAAUUUUUAUCAUUCCGCCAUUUUUUGGCAGAAACCGCUUGCAGUUUUUAGCGAUUUGAAUUUGCAUUCGUCGAAUCAGAUGCGAGUACUGCGAGUACAUACUAGAAGGAGAACAAACGAAUGACAACAACCUCGAUCUUAAGAACGCAUACGCUAACGAUCACAAGGAUAACACCUAUUAUACAAACAUAAACUGUUGUUCACCAAUAUGAGCAUGUUGAUGGCAUAAGGCUACAUUUCACAGCAGAGCAGUGCUGGUCGAUACAAUAAAAUAACAUAAUGAAUGCCUUUUAGCCAUGAA